AUGGAAUCCGUCCUCCGCCACCUCCUCCGCACCACAACUCCGCGCUCCAUCCUCCGCUUAACCUACUACACAGCGGGAAUCGGCACAACCGCCGCCCUAUUCUGGGAGAAUGUGAUGAUGUUCCAGCUCUCCGAGGGGCCCUCGAUGUACCCGACUUUCUCGCCGCGCGGCGACUACCUCCUCGUCUCGAAGAUGCAUAAGUAUGGUCGCGCGAUUGAAGUCGGGGAUGUGGUGCGCUUCUACCACCCGAGCUUUUUAGGUGUCAAUGGCGCGAAGAGGGUUAUUGGGCUACCUGGGGAUUUUGUUUGUCGGGAUGAGGCGCUUAGUACGGGGGUUGGGGGGAAUGGGGAGAUGAUAAGGGUGCCGGAAGGACAUGUUUACGUAGGUGGGGAUAAUCUGCCGUGGUCGAGGGAUUCGAGGAAUUAUGGGCCGCUGCCGAUGGGGUUGAUCAAUGGGAAGGUUAUUGCGAGGAUUUGGCCGCUGUCGAAGAUACAGUGGGUGGAGAAUUCGCUGAAGCCUGCUCAAGAGGCUAUGGAGUGA